AUGUCGAAGGAAAAGCUAGAGACGGCUGAUGAAGUUUCCUCGGGCCCCGAAUCAGCUGAAUCAGUAGAAAAACACAUGUAUACUCGACCGGCCAAUCCGUUCAGGAUUCCCGAGGACAAAGAAGAAUUUGCACUGCAUGAUCAAAUGCGUGCAUCAUCAAAUAAGGCAAGAUCUCGAUUGCUUGAUGUGAAAUCAGUGCGCGAGAACUUCCGUCAUUUAACACAAGUUUCAACUCAACCAAUUACUGCUGAAGAAAAGGCAUUGGAUCAGUUAAUUCCUCCACCAGACUCAUCAAAGAAUAGAGAAGGACUUAAAGAAUUCAUUUCUCAGAAGCGCGAAAUCUUUCUUGCUCAAUUAGCUAUUGAUACAAAACAAGAAGAAUUACAAAGACUUGAAAAGCUUGAAAAAGAGGAAGAGUCAGCUCUUAAGGCAAAAGCAGCCGAAAUCAAUCUAUUUAAGACACAAUUCGCCAAUUUUAUCGAAUCUGAUGGUAAAGCUACAAUGGACGCUGGAAAAGCUGCCGAAAAGAAGGCAAAAGAAAGACUCGAAGUUUCUAUGAAGAUCAAGCAAGUAUCAGGACAGAUAUCUACUCUCAGAAACGAAAUCGCUCAUCAAGACGAAAAACUUACAGAAUGUCAGCAAUACGAACAAUUCUUAGAAUCUCUUACACCACCAGAAUGGCGAAAAACACAUCCUGGUGAAAUGUACUUCAAAGAUCCCGAUCAACUUAUUAAUAUCAUCGCAUCUCUUGAAGAACAGAACAUGUUCUUAAUACGACAUUGCCAAGAAGCUGAAGAAGCCGUCGAGCGAUACAGAACUAAGUUUAAUGAGUUACUUGAGAGCAGAGAAGGCGGAUUAAAACAAAUGGCAACAAAUAAAGAAGAAAAAGAGAGAGAAUUACAAGUAACUCGCGAAAAGAAUGGUCAGUAUAAGAUUGAUAGCGAAUUUAAGUACGGAAAUGAGCUUGGAGACGAAGAAUAUAAUCAAAUUCAACAAGACAUUAUUAAUUUCCAUAAAAGUCUUGGAUUUGAUGUUUCCAGCUCAAAUGAUAUAGCAAUGAUGCUCAGAAGAAUCGAAAAUCGCAUGGAAGAACUAAUUAUGAGAUUAGAAAAGUUUGAACAGUCAACGGUUAAAUCUUUGGCUCUAGAAAAAGAGAGGGAAAGAAGAGAUUUGAAGAGAACAAAGGAUCAAGAAGAGAAACAGAGAGGACAAGCAGAGAAAGUUAAAAAGGCAAUUGAACUGGCCAAUAAGCCAAUUGAGCGCAAACUCGGAAGACCACUCGUGGAGAGAAUCAUUCCGAAGAAGGGCCAGAGCAGGCAAGAAGAGGAAGAUAAAGCGCGCCAAGAAAAAUUGGAAAAAGAAGCAGACGAACAGCUUCUUUUUGGACAGAUUUGGGAUUGA